CCUACCCAUCUCUGAAGCAUGUGCCUCACUCCCCCUUGAAGUCGCCUUCCUCGUACGAAACGAACUUUCCCCCACCACGCUGUCCGUCCCCAUCUCCCCCGUGACGGUGAUUAAAAGCCUUUCCUCGAUCUCACUUGAACAAAACCCAAGCUGUUGCCCUCUCUCACACCCCUAUCCGAAAGGCAUAUUCCCUUUCAUUCCCUUAUCCUAUUGAAUUUAACUUGCGGGCCGCACCACUCAUCCGCGAGCAGAGCACCCCUCUAGCCUCAGGUGGCCGGAAGGUCUUUUCCCCACCCCGGGCCGGGGGCGUAACCCCUUAACGAUGUGACGAGGCAAAAAGGUUUUACAAAACUUUUACGACGUAGUAGCGCGAUCGAGAACUGUUUCGUCGUAACUUGGACGACAACAUCGUAGAUAGGCUCAUUAGAAUAUCAUAUGUUCAGGCAUGGAAAGCAAAGUCAUCUUUUGAGGAGUUGUCUUUGUUGAAACAAAGGCGUCACUCUCCGAAUCUUUACCUUCUUCGUUCUUUCUUCUUCCUCUUCUUCUACUUUUUCUUUACCGAUUCUCAGUGAACAAUCAAUCAGUCAUUCAGAAUUCAAAGGGUCAGACCUAACUACUCACACCCGAAAGAUCCUUCCUUUCGCACGCUUCUCUCUUUCUUUCCCACUCCACCUCCAUCAAACACCCCUCAUUCAGUCAAUUCAUCAAACACCUAUCUCGAUCGACCCAGAAGGAAUCGGAUUUGCUCUCCCCAUGGACGCCGCCGCCCUCCUCGACUCCCUCCCUCCCCCGCUCCCCCUCUUCCUCGCCAUGUUCCUCGCCGUCUACCUGGCCGGGCACGCCGUCGUCUUCCGCGGCUGGAGCCCCAAGGCCCGGCCCGAGGCUUCCAGCUGCCUGAUCUCCCUCGCCCACGGCACUCCCGCCGUCUUCCUUGCCUCCUUCGCCCUCCUCUCCGACCCUUCGCACGGCUUCUCGUCCCCCAACACCAAGGCCCAGGACGCCGUCCUCGAGUUCAGCAGUGCCUACUUCUUCGCCGAUCUCUUGCAUUACGUCGUGUUUUACCCCAAGGAUCUUCUCUUCAUCGGCCACCACUUGGCCACUCUUUUCGUCUUCCUCACCUGCAGGUACUUGGUCCGCCACGGGGCUUUCGCGAUCUUGGUCCUGUUGAUCCUUGCGGAGGUUACGAGCGCUUGCCAAAACGCGUGGACGUUGGCAGGUGUGCGGAGGAGAGACUCGGCUCUUGCUGCUAAGGUGUUUGAUGCUUUGUCUGCACCUUUCUAUUCAUUUUAUUCUGUUGUCAGAGGGCUUGUAGGUCCACUCUUUCUGUAUAAAAUGGGGGUGUUCUAUGCGAGUGGCGGUGCAGAAGGUGUGAUUCCAAAGUGGGUUUGGGUUUCUUGGUUGGUCGUGGUUUCAGUUGCCAUUGGUGUUAGCAUUUUGUGGGUGUCCAAUCUUUGGGCUGAGUUCUUCACGGAAAGAAGCAGAGGUAGACUGGAGAAAAAGUCAAGAUAGUCUUUUCUGUUUGUUCUUCUUGUUGUAAUGAUAAUGUAUUUUACGUUACACGGUAGAGAAGAUAAGAGCUCAGGUCAUUUAUAUUCCUCCCAUGAUGUCUGAAUGAACAGUUUGGGUGAUGAAUUAUGGAUCUUUUCUUUGGGGUUUGGGUUGAGGCAUUGGUCGGGGGUGAUAUAUCAGUGGUGUAUCAGUUAUAGGUUUGUGUCAGUGGAAGGAUAUAAAGGAAAUACAUGAAUUUGUCCAUAA